AUGUCCUCAUCUUUGGUAUCUAGCAACGCCGGUACCUCCUCGGUAACAGCCAGUACUAGCCAUCACCAAAAUAACCUGGACUUUAGUGUCGUUGGUACCCAUCUUCGGGACAAAGCAAUCUCGGGCCUUCAUGAAAUAUACAAACAUGUACAAACUGGAGGAUCGUCGUUCAAGAGUCAAGAUGGGGAAACCCAAGACUCCAACAAACCCACCAUUGCUUUAAUCACGGGGGCUGCUGGCACUGGAAAAUCCACAGUCGCCAAACAAUUUAUGGAUCAAUUGGAACAAAGGUCGUCUGAAGAAGCAGCAGCAGACGGUCCUGUCAAACCAUUCUUUUUGCAUGGGAAGUUUGAUGAUAUUUCUGUAGAUCCCUUUUCGGCCAUCAUUGAAGCCUUCAAUGGCCUUGGGUCGCUUUUAACCACGCCUGAAGAAGCAGACGAGCUGAAGCGAGUGAGAAAGGAAGUUAUUACCGCCAUGGGAAAUGAAGCUGAAUUCUUGUCUACGGUUAUUCCCGGAUUGAAAGAUGUUACGGGAACUUGUGCUUCGAAUCCCAUAGGAAACAAUGAGCAUGCUCCAAAUCGACUGAAGUACGUCUUUCAGAACUUCGUGAAUGCCAUAAGUACGAAAGAAAGGCCUGUGGUGCUUUUGUUGGAUGACCUGCAAUGGUGUGACACAGCAUCGGCAAGUCUACUGGAGGCCUUGCUGACUGAUGGAGAUUUGCGCUAUUUGAUGUUCAUCGGAUGCUUCCGACCUGACGAAAUGACUGAAGAAUCUCCAUUUUACCAAGUCCUCGAGGCUAUUGAAAAGAGUCAACACGUUAGCAAAACCGAAUUGACCAAUCUUACCGAAUCUGAAACCACAAGCUUUGUGGCUGAUAUUCUAAACGUGGAGAAAGACACCAUUGCUCCUCUGGCCGAUAUGGUAUUCAGCAAGACGCAAGGAAAUUUGGUCUUUGCAAAGCAAGUGCUAGAUGAAAUGUGCCGAAAAGGCUUAUUGGUUUUUUCACCAGAAACACUGAAAUGGAAUUGGAAACUGGAAAACGUGGAUGAUAAGUUGUCGGGCAGUAUCAUUGAAAGCAUUACCCAAAAGCUCAAGAAAAUGCCAUUCAAAAUGCAAAAAGCGAUGACCAUUACGGCUUAUACUCGCAAUGGCAUUGACUUUUCCACGCUGUAUAAGCUUAUAGAGCUAGAUGGUAACAACGUGGAUCCAGAAUUCUUUACCAAGCUCCUCGACAAGGCGGUCUUGGAGGGUCACCUGAUGAAUAGUAUGGGCUCCUCAAAGUAUUUCUUUGCACACGACCGAAUCCGACAAGCUGCAUACGCCCUUGUCCCCGAAGGUUUGCCACGAAGCACGUUCAGAUUCAAAUUGGGAGAACGAUUGUAUCGAAUGGGAAUGGAAGACGGAGGAGAUAACUGGAUGAUCUACGUGGCUGCAGAUCACGUGAACGCCACUGCCCGAGAGCUUGGACAGGAUUCGAUCUUUCCCAUUCGAGUGAAUCUGGAGGCUGGAGAACGAGCGACGUCUUGUGCCGCUUUUGAAACAGCUGCUAAAUAUUUGGGAUUUGCCCUUCAGGAGAUUUUAAGGCUAUCGGAUCCAUGGGAAUCUCAUUAUGACUUGACACUUAAGGUGUAUCAAACCAUUGUUGAUGUCAAGCUGUGUCAAGGGCAUCUUCAAGUAGGCAAAGCGAUUGGCGACGAAGUCUUGCAAAAGGCAAAACGAGUGGAAGACAAAAUGCCGGUCCAGCUUGCCAUGUCCAAGGCACUCGGAAGAGAAGAAAGACACAAAGAGUCGGCAGAAAUGAGUGUGGCCACCUUGCAACUGCUGAAGCAGUACCCCCGAGGCGUUCUUUCUCUACAUGCCAGUUUGACGAAGGAUUUUCUAUACAUCAAGCGUUACUUGAAGAAAAAGUCCGACAAAGAGAUCUUGAAUCUUCCAACCAUGACCGACAAGAAGCAGGAAUAUGUCAUGGCAUUCCUCGCCUCGAACGCCUAUCAAUCUUUCUACUGCGGCAACUUGGUUGGAUUCAUGGUCGGAACCCUUCGGAUGCUUCGAAUUUCCAUAAAGUACGGGCUGUGCGAUACAUCGACGUUUGCGGUGACAGGAUAUUGCCUAUUCUGCCUCAAUGUGAAUGAUAUGGAAGGUGCUGCACGGUUUGCAGAGUUGGCCAGAAAGAUUUUGACACGGUUCAAUGCAAAGCACUUGGAGUCUCUACAAAUCUUCGUCGUCGCCUAUUGGAUGACUUCGUGGAAGUCGAAUGAAGAAGUGUUGAAAUUGUAUGAUCGGGCAUACAAAUCUGGAAUGGAAACUGGCGACUUUGAGAACGGUCUACUCAGUCGCACUGCAAGUAUUUACCAUGAGUUCAAUGCCGGCUACUAUUUGGGGAAUGUCGAUGAAAAGUUCGCCAACUUGGUACGGAAGUUGCAAGUCUACAAGGUAGACGCAGUUCUCGGAAUGACGAUCCAACAGCGGUUUGUUGGACAAUACUUGAUGGGCACGGCAACCAUGGACCUCAAGACUUUUGAAAUCCCGGAAAAUUCAGAUUCAUCAAGUACCUAUCGUUUGAUCUACUGCUUGCUUGCUCGCCUUCAGUUGGGUGUUUUCUUUGGGGACUACGAGUUUGCUUUGGAAAUGGCAGAAAAGUUGGCACCACUUGCCGAAUUUGAGAAUUCUCACGCAGUUCGAAGUCUUGGAAUCUAUUUCACCUCUCUGACUUAUGCCAUGUUGGCUCGGACGCGAAACAAGAAGUCGUAUGGCAGCAAAGCUCGAAGGCGCUGCAACCAGCUCAUUUCACUCUGCAACUCAAAAGGAGAAAACAGCCGUCAUCGAUGUAUGCUUCUCGAGGCCCAGCUUUUGUCCUUAAAUGGACAGAAGCCUUCUCUUGUUCAGUCUUCUUUUGAUGAUGCCAUUAACAUGGCGAUCCAAGGGGGGUACAAGCAAGACGCUGGUCUGGGAUCCGUGCUGGCUGCAGAACAUUUCUUGAGUUUAGAAGACAGUGUCCUGAAAAGCCCCAUUCUUCAGAAGGCACGGGAUUUGCUUGUAGGAAAUUAUAUCACAGAAGCCUACGAAAUGUACGACGAUUGGGGUGCUAAUGCCUUAGUGGACAGCAUCCAACAAAAAUACGGAAAGUAUUUGGAUAUUGCGUCAACUCAGCUAAGCGCCGAGAGAAGAGUGUUCCAAGGAGGACUUGCCGAUGGCGAUCUUUUGAGUAUAUCGCAGAGAUUAUUGCCGGAAGGCAAAGAAGAUGACGUCUCCGUUCUUUCCAAUCACUCUGCUGGAUGGAAACUUCGUCAAAAGACUCAGUAG